AUGCUUGUGGAUUUUGUAUGUUUAGUGUGCCUGGUUGCGGUAUGUUCGGCCAAUACUGUCUUUCCCUCAUUGUUUUUUUCAUACAAACUUGUACCGGGGCUCAGAGUGUCUGUUGAUCACUCGGAUCAAAUGCCUUUCAGUCUUCCCGAAGCAGAGUCUCUUCUCACCAGAGCUUUCGAACAGUGUCUGUCGAAUGGCUAUAUAAUUGCCAAUGUUCCAGGAUUAAAGCUUGAGGACUUUGCUUCGUUUGAUUCAUUUCAACAUAUUCGAGAUCAAAUGACAAAAUCAAGCACGAUUCUGAGCAUGCCCAACGUGCUAUCAAACAGUGAAGGAGAUACAUUGGAUCUCAACCGAUUUGAAAGUGUAUUGAGCGUCCAUUGUAAUGCCAGAAUGCACUAUAUUGAUGGUGUUGAUGAGGAUCAGAUACCACGAUAUAGGGAUACUCGUACCAGGGUCAUUAGAGUGGACUUUCCGGCAUUGAGUAGUAAUGCCACCGAUGAGAACAGAAACAAAAGGCUCCAAAAUUACGAUGAGAUGAUUAUGAAGAUCAUUAGGGAGAUGCCUACUCCUUCCAUUUCAGUUCUCUUCACAACCAAUACAACCAAAGAAAUAGAUAUCGACGAAAUUACAGAUAAGAAUAGUAUCAUCAGGGAGAACGAAAUCCCAGCCAAUCCAAAAGUGAUCAGCUUAGAUAUGAGAAACAAGGUGAGGACUUCCAAGAGGAUGAUCUUCCCGGAUAUUACGGUGUUCGAUAAGAGUCGAUACUUUGAGUAUGAGCGGAACGAAAAGGGAGAGAGAGGCGGGUUAGAUAAAGACACUGCUAAAAAGCAGUCUAAAGAUGAUACUUGGUUGAAGAGAAAGAAGAAGAAGAUCGUCAAGAACAAGUCGCUCUACCGGUUUGGAGAAGAUGAUAAAAAGACUACAUCUGCUUUGGCUAAUCAGGAUUUUGUCCACGAUAACGCAUUACUGAUUGUGUGUAUGGCGGGAAUCUUCGCAUUUAUUGUGUUUUUCGAUGUCGUAAAGAUCGGUUUCACAAUGCUGAAGAAGGUGGUGUCUACAAGCAAGAGAAAGUCGGAGUGA